CCUCCUGCUUGUUUGGCAUCACAGACACUGGUGCCAACUCCCUGGGUCAUCUAUGCACGAAGUAUCAGUGCUCCGCAGCCGAGUUUGGUCAGAGCGAUAUCUCCCCUUACACAGAAUUCGUCUUUCAACUUUCUUGUACCAGGCGAGUGCAAUGAAAUCCCCCUUCAGCACUCUAACAAAAUUCCCCGACUUAGCUCACCUCACACCACCGCCGAACCGUCUCAAACUGAAAAGUGGCCGGCGGCAACUUCGUCUCCGGCAUUGAACCUGCCUGAUAUGCUCCAGGAGUUGGAUCCAGAGACUCUGGCAAUGCUGGAAGAGAAUGAGGAUGCAAAAUCUGAUUCCUUACUAACGAGUCUCAGUUUCGACGACAUUCUCUCCUCCAUUAGUAUCACACCAAGCAGCGGUGACGAAUUGAAUCAGGAAAAACAGAUAUGUACCAGUGGGUCCUUUUGUUCAAGUGAAUCCUCGCCUCCAUCUUUACCUGAGAGUUUUGUCUCGUCUACUUCCUGUACCAUUAAGGAUCAGCCUUCACAACAACAGCAGCAAUUGUUACAACAACGGGAAUUGUCGCUGUUCAGUGAGGUUGAAUUGGAUACGGACAUGCCUUCAGAUACAGAUGAAUUCUGGGAUGCUCUUGUGACAAAUGUGAUGAACCUUCCAUUAGACAUAACUAACCUUCCAAUGGAUGUACGCUAG